AUCAAGUACUUACUUCUGAACUGCCUUCCUUCCUGAACUACUUGCGUUCAUUUACAUACAAAUCUAUACUUCCAGCCUCUUUGUCUCAAGGUUCAAUCAUUACUGAACUGUGUUCACCAAAAGUCAUUUUUUCCAAGUUUAAAAAAAACUUCCAAUUAUCUUCUUGAAAGCGUCACCAAAAAAUGCCAGAAAGCAAACGCGCCGUCGUAAUAAUCCAUUAUUGGGACAAGCGGGUUCCUAUCGAGGUCAACCUGAAUGAGAAUAUGCAACACUUAUACAAUCUUGUCGCUCAAGCGCUCGACAUUCCCGAAACCGAAGUCAGCUUGGUUUUCGCUGGUAGACGGUUAACCCAUAUGAAUGAAAAGUUGUCCAAGUAUGGUAUAAAAAACAAAAGCAAAAUUCUGUGCCGUAAACGUCACAAGAAGCACCAUCGGUCUGCUCAAGCAGAAGAUGAUAACGAAGAAGCAACCACUGAGCCUGUUGUUGAUGAGAAACAACAACCUAGUGCUUCAAGUCCUGUUAUGAAAGAAUUACAGUCCAUAACAGAUCAUGUCGAUGCUGAACUUGAACCUGCUGUGAAAACUUACAUUAAGUCUCCUCCAGAGGUCCCGAAAAAACGACUGGAGCGCAAUAUUAUGCUCAGCGAAUUGCUUUUACAGCAGCUAUUUAAGCUGGAUGCCGUCGAAACUCAAGGCAAUCCCGUUAUGCGGACACAGCGCAAGGCUACUGUAACAAAAAUCCAGGACCUGCUACAACAACUGGAUCAAAACAAGCCAGUUGGUGUCCAUUUGUAACGCAUGUUACUGAUACACUGCUUAUAGUGAGAAUUAUAAGCGGAGUGGGUAAUGUUUGACUAUUCUUCAAGCUUAACGCCUGUCAAAGCAGUAAUCAAUAAUGCUACCUUUUCUUUUCCUGAUCGACCAUUACCAUGACUUUUUUUCUUUAACAUUACAUCUCAUGAUAUAGCCUAAUGUAUAUAAUAUAUACCUGCCAAUGACAACACCAGCGUCCAUGCCACUCGAACCCAGACCUAUUUUCCUUGCAAUGACUCCUGGCUUAAGGAAGGAUGUCCUGCAGAUCGUGACUAGAAAAGCUUAAGAUUUGAUCACUAGCUUUAACAAGUUCAAUGCCGGCCUUCGAAGCAACUUGGGUCAUUUCUAACCACUGAGCUGGAGAGACAGCCAAACCGGUGGAAGCAUAUCCACCGGCAUUUAAGAUAGAGCGUGUGUAGGCAAUGUUCCCCGAAGGUUGGACGGCCACGGCAUACGUUGCUUGAGACACACUAGCUUCUUCAGGAGUCGGGUCGAUGAGGACCACUUGAUCAACAACCGAAGCAGCAACAAUCACAGACAUGGCAUCCAAACCUUGCAAGGGCAAUGCAUGGUCCCAAUCAGGAUCUGCGUCGAACUCCUCCGAUGGCUCGUACUUGGAUGAUCCGAUGAUGUCUUCAGAAACGUCUGGAGUAGAUAUACGAGGAAUCCGCGUACACAGCAAGGCCAAACGAGUGGCCAAGCUUAAUGCUGUAAGCAAUUGCUCGUCGGCAACAGCACAUGUUACCACCACAGCAUCCACAUACACUGUCCAAGCACGAGAGGGUGUAAACUGCAAGUAUUUUGUGUCUAAUUGAUCCAACAACGCUUGCAUCGAUCUCGUCAAAAAUGCCGGUACUGGAUCAUUCUCUCGAUUCUGUUGGGCAAUAAAUGUCGGACUGUCUUCGAGUUAGUACGGAAACGAACAAAAAAGGAGCAGAAGUCCAUAGCGGAAAAAGAUGAAAUGGUAUCAUAGUCGACAUGGUGUAGCAAGGACCUAGGGAACGAAUUUUUAAGCAAUCAAAAAUGAUAGCAGACCGAAUUAUCAUUCACUUCACCGUAGACACUCUGCUUUUACUCUUAACUUACACUUCAACAGAAGCAAGAAACGCACCACCACGCUUGGAAUCUGCUUCACCAAUCUCAGCCUUAACACCGACAACAACCUCAACAACUGAACCGCAUUUUACACGCGCAGAACCAUUCGCACCUGGCAAAACGUCGACUUGACCGGAAAAAGCACGCAGCUGGUUCGCAGCACGUCCAUCAUUUCUGAUCGGUGGCUGGAAGUCUGUUAAAUUUUUAUGAGUGUACGAUAGCUGAGGCAGCGAGAAUUGCAUUUUUUUUAAGGCAAGGGUUUUUUUGCGUGGAUGAGUGCUGCGUUUCUGUUGUUCAACUGUGGUGGUGAGCUGGGGUAGCGAGCAGUAACGUAACGGGCGCCUACCAAAGUAGCAAUAAGUCGUGGUGUUUAUGAAGGAUGAACGAG